CUCAUUUCCUCUUCUUCCCUUUAAUUUAGGGUUCAUUUGAAAUUCUCAGUUUCAGUUCAGAAGGAAAUUGAAAAAGAUCUGAUUGAAAUCAAGCUCUCUGCCCUUUUGGGUUUUAUCCGAUUCGAAUUCUCAGGAGUGGAUAAAGUAGCUCAGCUGCCAAAGAUUUGGACUUUAGCUGAUUUUUAAGGAUAACUCUUUAUAGAAUAGUAUUUGGUAGUGAGGUUGUGUUUUUAAGUGUGGAGAUGGAUAGGCCUCGUCAGAACGAUCAUUUGGGUGUGAAUAAGACUGGGAAGAAUAUUAGAAAGAGUCCUUUGCACCAACCCAACUUUGCUGCCGCUGCCGCGGAGGGAAGGCCUCAAGGGCAGCCUCAGGUUUAUAACAUAAGCAAGAACGACUUUAGAAGUAUUGUUCAGCAGUUGACUGGCUCUCCAUCACGUGAAAGUCUUCCUCGUCCUCCUCAGAACAGCUCACCGAAGCCUCAGAACACGCGGUUGCAGAGGGUUAGACCUGCACCUUUGACGCAGAUCAACCGGCCUGUGGUUCCUCUCCCUAGUAAUAUGGCUCCGCAACAACAUCAUCCUCAGGGAUACGUUAGACCGCCUCCUCCACAAACGUAUUUGCCACAAGGCACACAACAACAACAACAACAACAACAACAACAACAACAACAACAACAACAACAACCAGUGAUGGGUCAAGGGGACCAGUUUUGGUCUAAUGCAGUUGUGUCUCCCAUCUCAGAGUAUAUGCGUUACCUUCAAAGUCCACUCGGAGAUGCACGUCCUGGUGGUAACCAAAUGCAGCCAGGACAUGAACAUCGCCCAUAUAUGCCGCCGGGUCAAGAACAUCGCCCAUAUAUGCCAGCUCAACCUCAGCCUUAUAUGCCAGCUCAGGCUCAGCCUUAUAUGCCAGCUCAGGCUCAGGCACAGGCACAGCCACAUAUGAUGCCUGGAUCACAACCUCAUAUGAAUAUGCAGGGUCCACUACCACCACCCGGGUUAGUUCCAAGCCCAGUGCCUCGUAAUCUUCCUUCAAGGCCUCAGUUCAGUGGUCCUGUACCUGUCACGCCCACUCUGCCCUCUCCGAGGUUUAAUCAGAUGUAUGGUGGUUUUCCUUCUCCUCGGUAUAAUGGUUAUGGACCACUAAACUCACCUACAUCCCAGUUUGCUCCACAAUCUCCUACUGGUUACCCGAACAUGUUCUCUCCUAGAUCACCAUACCCAUUGCUAUCACCAGGAGUUCAGUAUCCUCAACCACUUACCCCAAACUUCUCGUUUUCACAACUAGCUCAAUCAGGAAGUCACGGACCCGGUGCAGGUUCAGGUCCUCCUCAGCCACCUCCAUCUCCAGGGCUCAUGUUCCCGUUAUCUCCAGGGUUCUUCUCAGCCCCAAGUCCAAGAUGGGGUAAUUACUAGGUGCUCUGUAUACUUAAAUCUUAUCAUGUCUCUCUAGGUUAGUCUACUAUGAAAGAAGCUUAAUCUUCAGGACCUGCAGUGGAAUAGACGCAGUAGCAUAGAUGUAUGCUUUUAUAGGCAUUCUUUUACUUUGUUUUUGGGUCUUUACAGAUUAUAUUUGUUUUGUUUAUUACAGAAUCUGUUGUUGUUUUCAUAAUUUGUACACAGGCUUUUGACAAAACUCUGUCAAUUUAUAUGAUCUUUGGCUGUUAUUGAGGCA